GGGAAGAGAGGGAGACCCUUAGUUCUAGAGAGGUACAGGGAGGGGCAGAGGGGAGACUUGGAAAAAUGCUACAAAGCGGCUUUGCAAUUGGGUGGUUCUGGAUAUAAAAGGGUGGAUGUGAUCACAUCCUAACCCUGCUAUCUUGGGAACAUAAGGGAUUGUAAAAUUGACUGAGGAAUUGUGUGCAUAUGUAUACAUAUCUCUUAGCUUCUUUGAGUCAACUUAACGUAGAUUCUCUUUCAGUUUAAUCUCAGUCAAUUUGGGGAGUCCUCUAGGACUUCUACUAAAAUGCCAGAUUUGCUUUUACAAAACAUGGUCACUGGGAGAGGCAGGUAAAAGGGCGUUCGUCACUGGUCAUUUCCACAUGUGUUUCCUAAUGCAGUCUAGACUCCGUUCAAGCCAGACCUCCUGGCAGUAAGAUAAGUGCAGGCUCCUGGGCCACGCUGGGAACUUUGUCUGGCUUCUGCAAGGAGAACCGGUCGGGAUAGGGAAUGUAACAUGGCAGGUCUGAGUCUUGAAACAUCAGAGAAGUUGUGUUGGUGGCAGCUGGCAGGACGAAACGCAAGUGAGUCCAUGAGGUGCCUCUGGGGCUCUAGUCAGCCCUUUGUAGCUGGAGCGUGUUCAAAAAGUAUUUAUGAGCUCUUAAAAUGAUUAGAAAAGCAGAGAGAUGCAAUUUAAAAAAAAAAGUAAUGUGAGGACCAUGUAUUACAGCCUGGUGUGAAGAGAAAAGUGAUGUUUGGUCUAGGGGUCUUUGAGGGGUUGUCACAGGGUGAAGUGACCAGAUGGAGUCUCUGUAAAGCCUCCCAUGUCACAAUUGGGGCCUAUAGACAAGAAGGGGUUUCCUAACAGGCUCUGCAGAGAUACAUGACAGCUAGAGGAGCAAACGUUCAGCGCCCUUGGAGGGGUUGUCUUCUCCCCAGUCAGAGUGGGAUCCUUUGAUGGGAAGCAGGCCGGUCUCCCUCUUCUGCAGGAAGGAGACAGAAGGGGGGCAGCUUCACCUGGGAUGUAGGCCCAGCCCAAGGCUGCAGUUGCUGCCCCCCCCCCCCCCCGCUCCACAGCGGCUCCUCUGGUUGCAGCCCCCUCAUUUCCCUCCCUCACACUGGGCUCCCUGCUUCCACUCUCCAUCACUUCCCCCACUCCGCAGCCAAGGGUGUCUUUUCAAACAAACCAGACCCUGCUGCUGCUCAAAAUCCUCCAACCGCCUCCCCUCACCCCCUGGUGAAAGUCCCCAUUUCUUUUUCUUCUCUAUUGGCUCCUUUCUCUAAAAACAGAACAGAGAUAAGAUUAUUUCUCACUCUAAUACCGCUCUGACAUUUCAUAAAUCUAUGUCCCAGACAACUGGAAAGGGCUAUAUUUAACCUUGCAUCUUGUAGCUUUUAAUGGAGGGACUUGCUGAAGGAUCUGCCUUCUAACACCACAGGAGACCCAAGGCUCGUCUUUAUUCUCUGCUAGUCUAGCCAGCAACCUGGAAGGCCAGAGCAGUCCUACUUUCUAAUAACAUGACCCUUUUUCCAUCCUCAAGCACCCCUAUCCCCUCUGUCCGUAAGAGAAGAAGGUCCCUGCCCCACCUUCUAGAGUGUGUGUGCCCUUGACUUUCUUAUCUGCAGGUACUCUCGUUGACCACACAGUCUAAGUGGGGCGGCUGAUGAGCACAGGCUAGGACAGCAUACAGGUAUGGUCUGGGCUAGGAGCUGGGCUAGGAAACAGAGCCAGGAGAGAAGGACACGUGUUGCCAUGGAUCUGGUUGUGCCACAGACUGGGAGGAGAAGCGAUUCUAAGUAAGGUGUUACCAGAAGCAUUGUGUAUAUUGGCUAAUGUGACCAUCACAAGAGUCCUAUGAAAUAGGCUUAGACUCAAAGGAAUUAAGGGAUAUGUCCAAAGUCAUAUCUGUCAAGAAAAUGGCAGCUGGGGUCACAAAGUCUACUCACUUUAUUCUGACCCAGGAUAUCCCUGAUUGAAUUGGUCCUGCCCCUUGGAACAGUCCUUAUGGUCACUCCCUGCUGGAGUCCUUGGCAGACUCUUGCUGCACUGCCAGGCAUUUUGGCCCAGGCCCACCUUCAUUUCUACCCCAAGCCAAGGAGUCCAGCCUGGUAGUUGGGUUUUCUUGUCGUUGUGUCAUGGUGAAUUUUGUUUUGCUUUGUUGGGAAAGAAUCUUACAGUGUAACCCAGACUGGCCUCAAACUUGAGGCUCUCCUGUCCCAGCCUCUGGAGUGCUGGGGUUGCAAGUGGGUGGCACCGUGCCUGGCGGCUUCCCUGCUCUCGGGUCUUGAGGCUGAUUUUUCUCCUACUGUUCUCAUCUGCCUUGCUGAUAAUCGCUCCUUGGACCACUACUAAAGCAGUACACUAUACUCCAUCUCUCCGUAGCUGCCGUCAACACUGCCAACACUAAUGCUUUCUGUGGCCUGGGACAAAUUUGGUUCCCCAUUUUGUCCCUGUUUCUUCAGCUGCAAUGUGGGGUGGAGGAAAUUCUCUAAAGGUACUUGUCUGAGUUUGGGUGCCAAGGGUCUUGUCCCCUGGUCAUCCCCACCCCUGCUGCUUAGUGGUAUUGGGAUAAAGCUCAGUACGGCUGUAGGUUUUGAAAUCUUUGCUGAGCCAAGUUAUUGCUCCAGAGCCAAUCCACAAAGCAACAGCUCAGUGACAACAGCCACAUGUGCAGGCUCUUUUCUUGUUUACCAACUUUUCACAGUGGGCAGUGUGUGUGGUGGUGGUGGUGGAGUGGGCUUCCAAGGCUAUUUUCAUGGGACACCGUACUGCUGCAAAGAACACUGAAUUACAUGGUGAGAAAAUGAUUCUCUCUCCCACUUUCUGAUUACCUUAAGGAGAAAGUCUCAGUGUGGUACUAUUCUUCGACCUCUAUAAUGCUUGCUAAUCUUCUGCUCUAACAAAGCUAGACCUGCCUCGGGCUCAAAUACAGGGACAGGCGACAGCAUCUACUCAGAAUUUUAAUUACUGUGCUCUGUUUCUAUUGCAAUUCUUUUUACAGUUGCUUUCUAAUUAUGGCAAGUGAUACUUCUUUGCUCUCUGUUUUUGUGUUGCUUGCUUCUAUGUUUGUUAAAGGCAAUGCCGGGGGAUCAACCAAGGACCUAGCAUGUGUGUGCAAUCCAUCACUGAGAUCCAUCUCCAGUCCGUGGGUUAUCAUUGUUUUGGGAGGUCACCAUUUAAAACUUAUUUCAACAUAAUUUUAUCACUAUUAUUUUAUAAUUUUUGAGCAGGGAGAAUGUACACUUAUUAAGAGAAAAGAGGGGGGGAGUCCUUAAGGAUCGGAGAGAUUCCAAGAGAAAAAAUACUUUAUUUAUUUGUUUUGUAUUUGAGACAGAAUCUCAUAAUGUAGCCCUUGCUAGCCUGUAACUUGCUAUGAUGUAGACAAGGCUGGCCUCAUAUUCACAAAGACCCCCCCCACUUCCAAAUGCUGGGGUUAAAGGUAUGCGUCACUACUACACUCUGCUUACUCUAUUUUUGAUGCAGUUUUAUGUCUAUCAGUCUGCCUUCAAACUUGCUGUCUAGACAAGGAUGACGUUGAACUCCUGAUUCUCCUUCCUCUCCUGAGUUUUGGAUUUUGUGUACUACCAUACCCAAUUCUAUAUAAAGUGUGUGUGUGUGUGUGUGUGUGUGUGUGUGUGUGUGUGUGUGUGUACAUAAUACAUCUAUAGUUCUCUUGGAAGGCAGAGACGGGGUCCCCACAGCAAGCUAGUUGGCAUCAAUAGAGGAUACGGAUUUGGGUUUGAUUCAGAGACCCUGCCUCAGCAAAUAAAAUAGAAAGUUGACCAAAGAUGAUUCUUCCCAUUGACCUCAAGUCUUUGUGUGUGUUUGCAUGCACAUACAUGUGUGUGUACUUAUUUACACAUGUGAAAACAAAAGGGCAGGAAAACACUAAAAAAGGUUUCCAGCCAGAUGUGCUGGCACACACCUUUAAUCCCAGAAUUCCAGAGGCAGAGGCAGGCAGAUUUGAGUUAGGGGCCGGCCUGGUCUACAUAGCAAGUUCCAGGACAGCCAAGGAUAUAUAGAAAGACUUUGUCUCUAAAAGAGAAAAAAGGAAAGAAAGGAAGGAAGGAAGGAAGAAAGCUAUAUAGAUGAAUAAAUAAACAAAAUACAUUUUUAAAAAGUUUUCAAAAAUAUAAAAACAUUUAGAGGAAAAAGACUAACUAAAUAGAACCACUGAUCCUAAAACCUGCAGGAAUGGAACCAAAAAUGGCUGCAGCAUGAUCCAUUCCGGAAUGUGCUAUUCAUUCCACAGACAUCUCUGGAGUGGCAGCUAUCGAAGGCUUUGCACAACUUUCCUCUGCUCUCUUAGACUUUAUUGCCCCAUUCCUUCUAAUCCCAGACUCCUUUGUGCAUCUUAGCUCGCUGUUCCCUGUCUGAAAUGUCUCUCACACGUCCCUGUUCUAUCAAACCUCAGCUCAUCGUUCAAGACUCAGUUUGAGCAGCUCUUCCUCCAGGAAGCCUUCUUCUGAAUGCCCAAGUGGAGUUCUGCUCCCAGGCAUGCACACAUCUCUACUGUAGCCUCUUUCACAUCGAUGGACGCAUUUAUUUGCAGACCUGAGUCUCCUUCCUGCCCUUUAGGGUUCCAAAAACACUUUCUAAGGAAAACUUGGAGGGUGGGGUGAGGAUAAAAAUGUAACUGCAAGUGAAGCCUGUGACAGUGACUGGACUCUGGGGACUGUUUGGCUCCUGGGAUCAUUUGGACUGGAGACUGCCCAGAUUCAGAGGCAAUACUCACACGGACUACAAAUCCAGUCAAGGGAAUGUCUUUGAGGAGCUGUUACAGGUUACGUGUAGGAAGAUUAUUAGAGUAUCUUUGGGAAUUGCCGUCUGAAGUCAAAAGGAAAGCAGAAUUGGUUUAAGGAAGAAGUGGGUCGGGAUAGCAUUUAAAUGACAGCCUCAACCAACUACUUGGGGAUUCUGGUGCUGGGGUGGCCAGUCACAGGUGUUCCAAGCUCUUCUUGCAGAUGGAGAAGAUGGGGUAUAACCUUGGGACAGGCGAUGCUGUCUGAAGAGGAGACCCUUGCAGUUCCCAGGGAGGGCUAUUAACUUAAAUCAGACUUGUUGGCCGAGGGAGUAAGAUGCAGUCACAAAGGGGAAUCUGAAUGGUGCAUCACAGUGUCUGCCACAGAGAUCUAGUCAGGGCCCUGAGACUGUAGUGCUGGGGAAACAGUAAAAAGAAAAAAAAGUAGUUUGGAGGACAGACUGGCUAGGCUGGGAGGUUCAGGCCAUAAUCCCAGUUAUUGGAGUGGCUGAGGCAGGAGGGUCACAAAUACAGAACCAGUCAGGGCCACAGAGAGAGUUCAAGUCCAGCCUGGACCAUUUAACAAGACCCUGACUCAGACAUAACAAGUAGAAAAUGGCCAGGGAUGUAGCUCAGUGGUAGAGCACUUGGCUACCGUGCAUGGCAUGAGGAAGCAGUGACGUCAGUCCCAAUAUCAAAAUCAUCUCCCCCACAACAACAAAACCCUGGGUUUGCUAUUCCAGUCACUGUGCUUAGAGGACAUAGAGACAAGAAAGUCACAAGGAGCUUCUGGUAUAAUUGGGGCAGAAAAUAUUUAAAAGGGACUAUUGAGAGCAAUGUGCAAAGUGUUCCCCCUGUGAUGUGUACCAAAAGACCAGGCUGUCUUAACACUUUGUUCUUGCUCUCUCUUGGAGACCUUAUUAUCUGGGUCUUCCCAUAAAGCAUGAUUAUUGGCCUCAAUCUACACAGGUGAAAAAUGAGAUCCAGAGAUUUGCUUCAGUCUUCUCUGCAGGUCAGAUUCCGCCCCCCCACCCCCAAGCUGGGACGCCUCCAGCACAGUGUGCAGUCACAGCCUGUGCCCUCUCCCCAGCACCACCUGCCCCCUCAAAGACACAUGCAGCCCUCUGCAGUUUGCAAAGUGCUUAUUACAUAUAUUUUAUCUUGACACAAGCCUGCAAGAUAGCAAAAUAACGGUGUCAGAAGAAAGCAGAUUUCUACCUUUGUUUUCUUAACCUGCCUGAUACGCAGUUCAGAAAUAGAUAUAUUCCGAUCAUAUUUCUGUCAGAGACGUUCGUUUUUAUUCUGCUUUUCUUUGCCUGCACAUUCUUAACCACCUGUGAAAUUCUUCCAUUGCAUUCAUCUGUUCCUCCAUAUCUUGUCUCAAAAGUGAGAAAAUUGUCAUCAAAAUCAAGUUACUUCCUUUUAAGCUGUGAGGGGAGAAAUAGAGGCUUCAUAAUUUUUCAGCCUUCUCCAAAAGCAGAUGUUCUUGGUUUGAAACAUGAAAAAUAUAUGAGAUGGAGAAUACAUCUGGUUUUAUGUGUGAUUAGUGCUCUGUGAGAGCUUUCUCUUUUUUUCUUAAUUUUUUUGACAUUUUUUAUUUCACGAGUGUUAGGGAUGCCACGAUGUGUCAUGUGAUGGACAGAGGGCAGAUUGUGGCUAUCUGUUCUCUCCUUCCAUUGUGGGCUCUAAGGAUCAAACUCAGGUCAUCAAGCUUGGUUGCAAGUGCUUUUAUUCACUGAACCAGUAUUAUUGCCUGCACAGAAUAGCUUUCUAGUUGAAGGAGUGGUACUACACUUAGAGGCCACCAAAAAGCCCUAUUUGAGGAGCUGGGGCUCUCUCAGUUCCUUCCUCAGCGCCCCAUGACCAUGCUCUCUUUCCUUUUGUAUCCAGCCUCCUCUUCAUACCCCAGGCCAAGCCUCUUUCUCUUCAUUCCCUGUCUAAAAGAUUCCUCAGAAUCUCCCAUCAAAUGCCAGUGAACAUAGAUUUUGAGGUUAAAAAUAUGAGAGAAAAUUCAUUCAUCUCUCCCAGUGGGUUUUAUUGUAGUGUACCUGGUCUCAGAGUUUCUCUAAAACAAAGCUUUUCUCUAGGGUUUUCAUAGCAGACAAUCACCCUAGCAGCAGUUCUGUGUUUACAGGAGAAAAGUCUUCAUACAUUCCCAGCAGAAACGAAUACGCAUGUUCCGUGGCCCUGCCUGAUUUUCACAUGACUUCAUUUCCCAUCACUGUGACAGGACCCUAAUUUAAAUUUCCUUUCUCUUUGGAAUUACCAAAAUACUCUGCUGGCCUCUCAGUCAAGCAGGGUGGAGGGUUCAUUUCCUUUACUUCCUUGUAGGGAGAGUGUAGUAAGUAAUGGGGGCCAAGUUGGAGAUCAAGGGUCAGUGUUUGGUUUUAAAGAUUAGCAAAGUCAACAAAUGAUCCUUAUCAAAGUGUAAUUUUCAAAGAGUUAAAGCAUGAACUCAUCCAAAACUAUAUUUGGAUGAGAUGUCCAAGAUUUGUUUAACUUACUAAUGAAGGAACCAGCAUCAUGAUAAAGCUGGUUUGAAAAACUAUGUAAAGGCUGGGGAGAUGGUGUAGUGGGUUAGGUACCAUGCAAGUGUGAGGACUUGAGUUUGAAUCCCCAGUACACACAUAAAUGCCAGGCAGGUAUGGCAGCCUAUUUGGAAUCCCCAGAACAAGCUGACUAGCUAGACUAGCAAAAUUGUUAAACUCUAGGUUCAGGAAGACACUCUGCCUCAGUAGAAAAAGUACACAGAGAUCAAAGAAGACACCCAACUUCAACCUCUGGCUUCCACACACAUGCAUAUACAUAUAUACAUAGACAUACACAUGGAGAGAGAGAGAGAGAGAGAGAGAGAGAGAGAGAGAGAGAGAGAGAGAGAGAGAGAAAUACAUGGGAAUUAAACAUACAAUUACCUCAAAAAGAGACUGGUAUGAUGGCUCAGUGGUUAAGAGCAUUUGCUCUUCCUGCAGAAGAUCCUGGUUCAAUUCCCAACACCCACACCAUGGCUCACAGCUAUCUGUAACUCCAGUUCCAGGGGAUCCAUUUGCUCUUCUGGCCUCUGGGCACUGCACACAAGUGGUGCACAGAUAUACAUUCAGGCAAAACACCCAUAUAUUUAAUUUUUUCUUAAAGAAUUAUCUCAAAAAGUUAAUAAUUACCACAUAACCUAGAAGUUCCACUUGUAGGUACAUACUCCAUGGAACUGAGAACACUUGAACAGAUAUCUGUACAUGAAUGAUCUGAACAUGAAUGUUCAUGGCAGCAGUAUUCACAAUGGAAAGUUCAAAAUAACCCAAAUGGCUAUCAAUGAGAAGUAAAAUGCUGUGCUCUAUGUAGGAAAUGGAUUAUUUGACUAUAAAAUGAAGUUCAAAUACGUGCUAUAAUAUGAAUAAGUCCUGACAUUAUCCUAACUGGAUGAAGCAAAACCUAAAGAACGAAUUUUGUGUAAUCCCAUUUACAUGAAGUAUCUUGAAUAGGCAAAUUCAUAGGGGCAGAAAGUAGAUUAGAAAUUACCAGGGCCUGGGAGAAGGUAAGUAAUGGGAAAGCUAAGGAGUAAUGGAAAAUUACUGCACCUUUCAAACACAGACGUUUAGUGUGUGUGUGUGUGUGUGUGUGUGUGUGUGUGUGUGUGUGCAUGUGUGUGUAUGUGGAAGUCAGAGAACAACUUGCAGAGCUCAGUUCUCUCCUUCCUUUACUGUGGGUUCCAGAAUCAAAUGGAGGUCAUUAGGCUUGGAGCAGGAGCCUUAACCCACUUUCAGGCUUGGAAACUAUUGCUUGAUAGAUAUAGAGUUUCCAUCUGAGAUAAUGAAAAAUUAGGUAUGGAUAGUACUGGCCACUUUACAGCAUCAACUUCUUAAAAUACUUUUAAGGAAGGGUGGCUAGAGAGUUGAUGGCUUAGCUGUUAAGAGUACAUAGUGCAAAAAAAAUAUCUGACAAAAAAAAAAAAGAGUACAUAGUGCAGGGGUUGGGGAUUUAGCUCAGUGGUAGAGCACUUGCCUAGCAAGCGCAAGGCCCUGGGUUCGGUCCCCAGCUCCGGGGGAAAAAAAAAAAAGAAAAAGAAAAAAAGAGUACAUAGUGCUGUUGCAGAGGAUCUGAGGUAGCUCCCAGCUCCGGAGGGAUAUGACACCUCUGGCCUUCAUGGGCACCUGCACUCAUAUGCAUAGACACACACAUAAAGAGCCCACAUGAUGGUUCACAACUACACAUAAAUUCAGUUCCGAGGGAUCUGAUAUGCUCCUCUGACUGCUUAAGGAACCAAGUACACAUGUGGAACACAUACAUACAUGCAGGAAAGCAUUCACACAUGAAGGAGGAGGGGGGAGGAGGACGAGGAGAAGGAGGAGGAGGAAGAGGAGGAGGAGGAGGAGGAGGAGGAGGAGGAGGAGGAGGAGGAGAAGAAGAAGAAGAAGAAGAAGAAGAAGAAGAAGAAGAAGAAGAAGAAGAAGAAGAAGAAGAAGAAGAAGAAGAAGAAAAUGGAUACAUCUAAUAAUUUUUUAAAAAGAACUAGAAUACAGCUACAUGGUGGAAGUCGUGCCUAGCACCUCAACCAAAAAUAUUUUUAGAAGUAGAUAUGAGAGCCUUGAAAAGAAAAUUGAAGUACGAUUAAAAUGGUUGUUCUACAAGAUAAUAUAACUAUAAUUUUGGGGGACUACUUUUCCUGCUGAACAGAAUUAAUUUUAACCGCUAUCAGACAAAAAUCAUUUGCAGCUUAUCAUUCUCCCACAAGUUAACUCAUGACUUCACAGAGUCUGGGCCUGAAGUAAAAGUGCCUAAUAAUCUCGAGUUCUUCAGAUGGUGUGCUCACCUUUACCUGAGGGUUGGUCAGUGAUCUUUUCUGUGUUAUCAUGAUUUACAUGGUUUUUACUUCUUUCUUUCUCUUCCUUCCUUUCUUCCUCCUUCCUCUCUCCUCCUUCCCUCCCCCUCCAUCCUUUCUUUCCUCUUUUCUUCCUUUCUUUCAGAUAGUCUUUCCCAUAUUCCAGGUUAACCUCCUAUUUUACAAGUAGCAGAGGUUGAUCUUGAACUUCUUCUGAUCCUUUGACCUGGACCUGCACAGUGCUGGACUGACAAGGAUGCAUCACAGCAACACACUCUGUUUAUAGUAAGGAUCCAACCCAAGGCUUCCUGCAUAGUAGGCCAACACUCUUCCAAACAAGCUACAUGCCAGCUUAUGUUGUUUUUCCUAAUAGCACAAAGAAGGCAUGACAAAAAGCAAUCCCACAUGAGUCUUCUGAAAAAAGCUUUUGCUUUAGCUUCAAGGCCUGACUCUCGUGGGUAUUAGCAUCUUGGUGACAUCUUUUGGUACCACGUUUCAGACCUACUUGGGCCCAUACUGAACAUGACCAUCAGGCUGAUGACUCCUUUUGAUGUACCACCCCCAACUUACUCCUGAUCUAUUGCACAUUUCCUAGGACAUCUUACAGAAGCAUCUGGAAUCUGGCUAGAGUUUAGAAGAGCAUUCUCAAGUAUCCUUCCCCUUGGUGCCAGCCAGAAGGCGUCUCCUCACCCCUGACUAGCCUGUCUUGUCUGCAUACCUUUGAGCUUACAGAUAUUUUUACUGAAUGCUCUGUUCUUACAGCCUCUUUGGCCUAUGGCAAUGAAUCCUGAAUUUCAGUUAUCCAUGCACAUUUCAGUCACUAUUUGUACUCUUUCCUUCUUUCUCUCUCUCUCUCUCUCUUUCUUUCUUUCCUUUUUCCUUUCUUUUUUGCUUUUGUAUGUUUGUCUUUGGUUUUGCUUUGGGCUUUUGUUUUUUUCUUGAGAUAGCAUUUUGCUGUAAAAUAGCCCUGACUGCUCUAGAGCUCACUAUGUAGAUCAAGCUGGCCUUGGACUGAGCUCACUAUGUAGAUCAAGCUGGCCUUGGACUCACCACACUCCCGCCCUAGCUUCCCAAGUGUGGAACCAUAGCCAUGUGCCAUCAGGUCAGCUUAUCUGUGCCAUGUUCUAACUUCAAAAACACCUUUCGGGUUGGGGAUUUAGCUCAGUGGUAGAGCACUUGCCUAGCAAGUGCAAGGCCCUGGGUUCGGUCCCCAGCUCUGGAAAAGAAAAAAAAAGACAAGCAGUCUGAGAACUGCACUACACUGCACAAAAACACCUUUCAUUUAAAAAUGUUUUUAACUUCUCAAAAGUGAAGUUAGUGUGUUAAAGAAAAAGUUCACUAGAGUACCCCCCAACCACCUCCAUGUCCUGCUUGAUUCUAUUCUUUAAAUUUGUUGUUCUCUGACAAUUUCAUACAUGGGUGGAUACUGUGUCUUGAGCAUUUCACUCUUCAUUGUCCUCUCUCAUUCCUGAGGAAAAUGGCAGCCCCCUUUUGCAGUACCCAUUAACUGCCCACAGGCCUUCAGUGAGAUGUGCGGCUUCAUGAGCCCCUUCCCUAUGUCAAAACUGUUUGCUACCUUUGGUUUCACAGGAAGAUGGUGGCAGCCUUUGGGUCCUUCUACUGCUCAGUCUUCUUGUACACCUCAUCAGAGCAUUGAUGGCAAGAGCAGUAUACACUCCUAACUGCUGAGCCAUCUCUCCAGCCCAAUAUUCAUUCAUGUUUAAAUUUUUGAUUCAGGCAUUGGCUUUGCUUGUUUUCCUGGUGAGUUAAGUCCAUUAACCUCUAGUCAUAUGCAUAGUUUGUGACCAUUUUCUCCCGCUCUUUCUUUUGUUUCUUUACUCUUGGUUACCUCCUUUGCUAUGGAGAUUCUUUUGCAUUAGACAUAAUUCCAUUUGCUAUAUUUUAUUUUUUGAGAUUUUAUUUUUUUAUGUGCAUGGGUAUUUUGCCUGCAUAUAUGUCUGCGCACUGCCUGUGUGCAGUGUCGGCAGAGGCCAGAAGAGGGCACUGGAUGGAUGUUAGCUGCCAUGCAUUUUAUGCGAUCGAGGGUUUUGCCUGCCCAUGUAUGUAUGUAUGUAUGUAUGUAUGUAUGUAUGUAUUUAUGUACUAUUGUUAUUAUUGUACUAUUAUUAUUAUUAUUAUUAUUAUUAUUAUUAUUAUUAUUAUUUACACCACAUGCAUGCUUGGUGUUCACGGAGGUCAUAAGGGAGAAUCUGAUUCCCUGGAACUGGUGUUAUAGAAGGUAGUAAACAUCAAUGCUGAGAAUUGGACCUGGGUCCUCUGCAAAAGCAGCAAGUGCUCUUAACUGUUGAGCCAUCUCUCAAGUCCCUGCUUAUGAGUCUCGAGCUAAGUUUGGACUGUCCAAGUCAAUGCACAGCCAGGCUCCCCAAACAGUUCUACUUAGUGAUGAUUCAAAAGUACAAGGGAAGCCUUUCUUUCAGCUGGUUGUUUAGCAUGGAGACAAGGCAAGGCAUCUCCUCUGUCUGCCAAUGUUCUUCAGUUUUUGUGACUGUCACCCUCAUACUGGAGCGUGUCUGUCCAUUGAGGGACCUAAGUAUGUUGAGUCAAAUAUGAAGUGUGCUUGGGGUAAAUGUUCGCUCCAACCUUACAUGCAGUCACACCUUUUUCUGUGAGUUUACUACUGCAAAGUAGUACAGUGAAGCUCUCUUUCUAAGCUUCCAACAGCCUUGCAAAUGUGGAGCUCUGGCCUGGUCCCUACCUGUCAUUAGCAAGAUUCUCUCCAUCUAAGGCAAAGACAUUUACAAGUUACCUCCAUGGUAUCUAGCUCUGUAAUAUAAAUGGCAUUAUUUCUUUUGCCCAGGAGAAUAGGAUAGGUAGAUGAGAAAGCCUUCUUAGUCCUCCUUCUUCUAAAGUCCAUGACAUUCUAUGAGGUAGAUGAUUCUCUGGUGGUUUAUCUGUCCCAACCCCCUUUGAUGGAAACAGGGUGACAGCAAAGUCACCCUAUUCUUAGUAGUGGGCAGUGAGCAUCCUUGUGCAUUUAUCUGUGCACACAGGCAAGUGUUCUCCUAGUAUAGCUUUAUGCAAGUUCAGCUAUUAGAUCAAAUAGGGCAUGGACAAGUACAUUGGCUAAGCACCAAAAUAUUGCCCUCAAAAGGGGUCUAGGGGGGUAGCUUGGUGAUAGAUACUUGCCUACCAUGCACAGGCCUUGAGUUCCAUCAUCAGUGUGAUAAAAUAAAAGUUACACUCUCACUCUUUCCUGCAGCUAUUGUGUUCCUACAUAUUCAGGCUACAACUUUCCUAUGAAUGAACCAUGUCAAAUAAACUAUGAAUAUUCAUAAUGGUGUAGCACGGUUUCUUGUUUGUUUGUUUUGAGACAGGGUUUCCUUAUAUAUCCCACACUGGUCUUGAAUUCACAGCAAUUCUUCUGCCUUAGCUUCUUAAGUGCUGGGGUUACAAGUGUGCACCACCACGCCCAGAUAUGACAACUUGGUUAUUUUUGUAUGUAUGCAGUGUAAGUAGGUAUAUGUCUGUGCAUGUGUAGGUGUGUGUGCACAUGUGCACACAUGCAUGGAGGCUAGAGGUUGAUGGUCAGUGCCCCCCUCUAUUGCUCUCUCUCCCGUUUUGUGAGACAUGGGUCUCUCACCGAGCCUACAGUUCAUCCUGGCUGGCGUUUAACCAUUUGUAAAGAUUUGCCUGGCCAUCUGUACACCAUCUUCCUUCAGCACUGGAAAUACAGACAUGCUAUCAUGCCUGGCUUUUUACAACGGUCCUUCAGAACCAAACUCAGGUCUCUUUGUUUGUGUAGCAGGCACAUUACUGACUAAUCCAUCUCCCCCAGCUCCCGAUAUUAUUUUCAGGAGAGAGGUGGGGAACACAGUAAUAAAUAAAAUUGUGUGCUCCACAGUGGAAUACUACAUACCACCAGCUUGCCUGAAAAACGCUACCUGUAUCAACAUGGAUGUCUCUCGCAAACAUGCCAUGAGGCAAAGAGAGCUCAUUGUAAAAAGGUUAUUUAUGUACAAUUAGAUGUGGGUCAAAAUAUACAAAGCAAUAUGAAAUAGCUUAUGAUUUGUGAGCACAUACACAGCACCUUUUUAAGUAUGCGUGUGGGACAGAGACAUCCAGUUCGGGACAGCGCUUCCUCUGCAGUUGGGGAGGCACAGAAGCUUCCGCUGGGGCAAAUAUGGCAAAAUGAAUUUGUUUCUAAUGGUACUUUUGCAUAGCUUGAAAUAGCUCAGCAUCUAAAAUGAGAGGGAAAAAAAGCAAGGCAGAGGCUGUUUCUGCUGCUCCUUUUUUCUUCAAUAGGAGACUGGGGUGCAGGCUCUUGGAUAUCUGGUACCUUGGAGAGGCAGAUACUCUUCACAGGAAAAGGCCUCUGAAAGUGUGCUUUCCCCAGACACUGCAAUAAACCCUUGGGAUGGAUCGUUUGGACGAUAUAAUUGUUGCCUUCCAAGUCCACAAGGACAGUGACUCCUGAGUUUUGUGACUGUCACCCUCAUACUGGAGUCUGUUUGCCCAUUGGGAGAACUCUGAGUAUAUUGAGCCAAAUAUGAAGGGUGCUUGGGGCAAAUGUUCGCUCCAACCUUAGAUGUGACCACACCUUUUUCUGUGAGUUUACUACUGCUUCGUGGCCCAGUGAAACAGGAGCAUUCUAACACUUCCUAGGACCAGCAUUUUGCCAUGAUGCCUGCCUCAUUAAAUGACACAGUGGAGUCAUUGGGCCUUAUCAGGACCACUGGAUCUAAAGCUGAAACCAGGAUGGGUGGGGAAGGCUGUCUUUCUGUGCUUGGCCCCUGUUGCCAUGGGCCCUGUUGCCAUGGUUCCCAAGCAGUUUCACUUAUGAUUUCCCUCAACCUCUUGCUUAUGGCACCCAUCAGCAAGCAGGACAUAGAAAGUCGCUCAUGCAGACCAGGAAGAAAGCUGAUAACAGAAAAGACGAGCGAGGAAGGGGAGUAAUUAAGCAAACACGUGGAAAGAGGAGGUGGAAGGAAUUUGGUGUGAGGCCCAGAAACAGUUUGGGUUUUAUGUUUUUUUUUUAAUCUUUUUGAGAUGUAAUGAACUGAAGAGGCUGGGUCAGAAUUUGCUGAGAAGUCCCCAUUAUGUAGCUACCAUGUGGCAUGGGUACAGCAACUCCAUGACCUGGAUUUCCAAAAAAAAAAAAAAAAAAGUCCUAGUUUUAAGGAUUCUGUUCUUUGUCAGACCAAGAAUCCUGAUUUUUGAUUCAGGAAAUAAGGUCACUGUAGUUACAGUGUCUCUCUAAGUCAUCCAAGAAAGCCUGAUUUAGAAUCCCUCCCCUGGCUGGUUGGCAGGGAGCCCCCACAGGACCUGCCUCUGGGCCCUAAAGGCCUGAGUGAAGUGGCCUCUUAUUCAGCCAAGAAAUAUCAAAGUGCUGCGACUCCACACUGCUUUCUUCAGUUUUGUAGUUCUCCAAGGAGACAGAGCCAGAAUGGCAUGGCAUUGUGACCCUGUCAGAGCUGCAUUUCAAUGCAGCUGCAUUAACUCGGUGGAAGCAGUACUUGGCGCCUUGCUUUCCUCACCUAUAAGAUGAGAACACAUAAGGCCUGUGGCAGGGUUACUCGGAGCAUCAGCUGAGAUGUUUGCUACCUUUAGAGUGCAGUGAGAAUAUUAGCGGUUACCAUUCACUCCUUGGUAAUCUCUGGUGGCUGAGGCAGGAGGAUUGCCAAGAGUUUAAGUCUAGACUAGGCUCUAUAGUGAGUUCCAGGUCAGCAUGAGCUGCAGAGUGAGACCUUACCUUAGAAAGAAGAAAAGAAAAGCAAAUCCACUCCUUCAUUCAAUAAAUAAAUGUGUCCUUUGUGCCAGCCAUGAGGCCGAGCCUGGGGACAUGAAGGUGAGCAAAAAUCAGACAGGGUCCUUGCUGGCAGGACGGUUUCAAAAGAGGGUUAGGGAGACUUUUGUUAAAGAUUACCUCAUGCAAAGUCCAAGCAGAAGAGAUAUAUAGCAGAAGAGUUCUUUACUUUGUGAGACAGAGUCUCGCUGUGUACAGCCAUGGCUGUCCUGGAACUCUAUAUAGACCAGGCUGGACUUGAAUUCAUUAGAGAUCCUAUUGCCUCUGCCUAUAGAGUAUGGAGGAUUAAAGAUGUACACCACCACAGUCAGCCUGAAUUCCUUUGUUUGUGUUGAUUUUAUUAUAGAUGUUUAGGUUAGCAUACAAAGAGACUGUUUCGUUGUGACAUUUUCUUUCGUUUUUUUUUUAUCUUUAUUAACUUGAGUAUUUAUUUACAUUUCGAAUGUUAUUCCCUUCCUGGUUUCCUGGCCAACAUCCCCCUAAUCCCCCCCUCCCCUUCUAUAUGAGUGUUCCCCUCCCCAUCCUCCCCCAUUACCGCCCUCCCCCCAACAAUCCCGUUCACUGGGGGUUCAGUCUUGGCAGGACCAAGGGCUUCCCCUUCCACUGGUGCUCUUACUGGGCUAUUCAUUGCUACCUAUGAGGUCAGAGUCCAGGGUCAGUCCAUGUAUAGACUUUAGGUCGUGGCUUAGUCCCUGGAAGCUCUGGUUGGUUGGCAUUGUUGUACAUAUGGGGUCUCGAGCCCCUUCAAGCUCUUCCAGUUCUUUCUCUGAUUCCUUCAAUGGGGGUUCCAUUCUCAGUUCAGUGGUUUGCUGCUGGCAUUCGCCUGUGUUUGCUGUAUUCUGGCUGUGUCUCUCAGGAGCGAUCUACAUCCGGCUCCUGUCGGCCUGCACUUCUUUGCUUCAUUCAUCUUGUCUAAUUGGAUGGCUGUAUAUGUAUGGGCCACAUAUGGGGCAGGCUCUGAAUGGGUGUUCCUUCUGUGUCUGUUUUAAUCUUUGCCUCCCUAUUCCCUGCCAAGGGUAUUCUUGUUCCCAUGACAUUUUCAUAUAUGUGUCAUUGUAUUUUGUUCUCAGUCAUUCCCUUUCCCAGUACCCUCCUUCCAUGUCUCCUGCCUAUCUCUGCCUGGUUCCCUAAAUUGACUGCUUGCACUGGGGGCAUGGCUCAGUGGAAGAAUACUUGUCUAGCAUGAAAGUAGUGUUGAGUUCCUAUAAACAAAUAGAUGUUUGUGGCUGCUAGGUAGAAUCCAGAAGGCAGGAGAGAGUGCUUUGGGGAAUUUCUGCCCACUAUGGCAGUUUAUGCUAAGUAAUGGUAAUGCCGGUGUGUGAAAUGAUCAGAUAUGUGUAGAUUUUAGAAAUGGAAUCAAUGGAGCUGACUGAGGAAUUGAUUGUGGGGUGAGGAACACACAGUAGGUAUUUUGACUGACAGUACAUGCACGACUUAGAUCACUUCGAGUAGCAGCCAGUCCCAAAGCUGCCGAGGGGCACUGUUUAAGGUUCCAUGUCCCUUAUGUAGAGCAGUGUGAUGCUAGUCCUUCAGUCCAGAAAUCAGUUGCUAGACUUCAUCGUCAAUAACCAUUUAGUAUUUUAAAAAUUUGCCUUGGUGAAGAAUAAUAAAUCCAGAUAUUCAUCGGCUUUGCAUUUGAUGCAGAUUUCCCUUUAAAGGUAAAUCCUCCACUCCCAAGGAUUGAAUGGACUAUUACUUUAAAAAUAGCAUAGUUUUCAUUAAGGGAGGCUGUGGAAAACAUUGUUCAGUCUACAAUCUCUAGGAGGGGGAAGUAUAUGUGCUUUGAAUUGGAUUCCUUUCAAACCUUUAGCCCAAUAGCUUUCUGUUCUGAGAGGCCAGAAGACAAGAGGGUCUGAAAGGGGAAGAGACAGUAAGGGCCAAGGACAAACUUGAGUCUCCUAACUGCAGGUAAGCAUGCAUUUGAGUUCCCAAGGAGACUUCAUGCAAAUGAUUUAUUGUCAUAUUUUGCAAGCUUUUGCUCCUCACUGCAUUAGCUCCUUAAACCUUUCUUUUAAGCAGAGCGGGCAUGGGGUUCAAAUAGGCACCCAAGGCCCCUCUUUAUUUGAAACUGUUUGAUGUGCACUGAGAAUGAGCUCAAUAAAGAAUGUGCUAUUUUCCCACACCACUUGUCCCCGCACUCAUCAGCAGGGCUUGCCUUUCUCAAUCCGUGCGGGCCCACCCUUCAGAAGCCAUUAUCCACUGACAAUUGGUGGGGAUCUCUUGUCUUUUCUCCCUCUCUCAAUUAAACUCUAAGGACUGCGAUUCCCAUCUGCCUCAGAGCAAACAAAUCUCUCGUUACACCUACUUCCCAGAAGCUGGAGAGCUUUUCUCCUUUCUCCAACCUCUAUAGUUCUCCUUUUCAGAAUGCUUGACCCUCUUAGCGAUUUUAAACUGCAGGUGGCAAUUAAAUUGGUUUCCCAAAGUUGAACCAAGCCAUCUCACCCCCUACAUUUACCCCAUCCCUGGUGACCCUUGAACCAUAAAAGAAAAAAAAGAAUCAUUUUGUGAGCUGCUAUUUGUCUCUCCCUAAGCAGGCCUAUGUAAAUAUAAAUGUGACGUAAUCGCUAAGCAAGAUGCUUUUUCUCUAGAUGAGUCUUGCUGUCCACUGUGCACACGGCUGGCUAUGGUACCAACAAUGGCAUGGUGCCCUGCCUCAACCCUUUUAACACAGAGGUCAGCCCUGCUUAAGGGGAGCCAAGGGCCAACAAAAAGGGAAUGGCUCUUCAUUCACAGAUCCUUGUGGGAUUUGAAAGUGGAAGAGGAGAAGGGACAGAAAAGGAAGAGGAAGAAAGAAGAAAAGAAGAGGGGUGCUUACAAGGACACAAAUAGAGACAGCGGUGCAAAUAGAAAGUGGUUUAUUUUUCCUUUAAUAGUCUGGUUAUACGAUGUAUUCUAGGACAUUAUCUUAAUGUACGGAAUGGUAAUCUAUUUUAUCCAGUUUUGUUCUUGUGGUUUCCAUUAGGGAAACCUCACAUGUGUUAACAUUUCAAAUAGUACUGAAAGAUCUCAAAGGAAAAGAGCAGGUCACAGUCCUGUUCCCACCUCCACCCUACCCCCACCCUUUGCUCUCAAGUUCUCCACACACUACCUGGAGGGCAGCAAUGGGAACAGUAACUCCUGUGUCAUUACAGACUCCUUCCCUAUGUAUGUAAGCCUGUGUAUGUUUCACAUGUACAUUGAAGAUGGCACUGUGCAUGCUGGCCCUCGAUUUUUCGUUCGUUUAUUGUUAUUCGUUAUUUGGGUUUGAGACAGCAUCUUGCUAUGCAACCAAAGCUGUAGUACUUCAACUUGUGCCCUUUCUGCUUCAGCCUCUAGAAUGCUAGGAUUGCAGAAGUAUACUGCCACACCCUCCAUUUGCCCUUCCCCCACUCUGUACAAACUGAACCUAGGGCCUCACAUCUGCUAGACAAGCUCUGUGCACUCUACUACUAAGGCGUAUGUGUCCUCAGCCUUCUAUUUUAAGUUUUUGAGACAGGAUCUUGCUGAGUUACCCUAUUGGUCUUGAACUCACUUUAUGGCUCAGGCUAGCCUAGAAUCUUUGAUCCUCUUCAGUUUCCUGAGUAGCUAAGAUUAUAGGCAUACACCACCAUGCCCUGUUUUUGCCUCCCUCACCCCACCCCAUCUCGAGCCCUGCCUUUUAAUUUACUAUUAACUCUAAUGUUUUCCCGCUUCCUCUUUGUCUGUGCUAGGGACCCAGGGCUGUGCAUGUGCUAGGAAGGUGCUCUGAGCUCUAACCCCAGCCCCCAUCUGUGUGGAUGCAGCGUGAUGUAUGGAACCAUCCCUACUGGUGGGCAUGUGCUUAAAAUAGAAGAUCCAGCACCAUUCCAACCAAGACAAAUGUUAUGAGAACCACAGUAACGAGGCACAUAAGGGAUUUUGGAUUUUCCAGUAAUGCUCAAAUGUUACACAUAGAGAUCUGAAAAUGCUGCCUUUGCUCUUACAUGCAGGAGCUGGUUUUAGAUUAUCAUCUAUUUUGUUCCAUUCACCUAUUUAGCAGUUUUGGCAGUAGCAGCCUCCAUUUCCAGGAGUCACAUUUCAAAAAUAAAAAGAGCCCUAGAGCCCUAACUCAGCAUUGCAGCAUUUAACAAACAGGUAAAGCCCAGAGUUCUAGCUCUAGCACUAUAAAAAAAGGAAAAGAGGUGAGAUUAAUUUAAUGUUAUAUUUUUAUUUAAUCCAAUAUGUAACAAAAUAAAACCACAUGUAAUCCACAUUAAAAUUAUUAAAGCGGGGGUUGGGGAUUUAGCUCAGCGUUAGAGCAUUUGCCUAGCAAGCGCAAGGCCCUGGGUUCGGUCCCCAGCUCCAAAAAAAAAAAAAAAAAAAAAAAAAAAAAUUAAAGCAUUGUCCAUUUCCAUUGUUGGAUUUUGAAAUCUCGUGUGGAUUUUACAAUUCCAUCCAAUUUUAAAUGCUGAAGAGCCACACGUGGCUGGUGGAGAUGGUAGUGGACAGUGGAGGUUGAGCAGGCAGGGAUAUCUAAAAUGUCAUCUGAGCUGUGAGCCUCUGAGGUUGGUAGGGAUGGAUUAGGAAGUAAAAUGGUGCGACUUCUCAGGACCUGUCCAGCUUUGAGCUGUGAGCAAAGGUACCAAAGACCCAAAGGUCCUCCUCUUUUCAAUGGGUUCCAGUUCUACUGGCCAGAGAUGAAGAAAGCACUUGCUACUCGGGGGUAUUCUGAGACCCAGCACCGGUUCCCCUCCAGAGGCAGCCCUUCUUACAAGUUUCAUUGCAUUUAAGAGCCAGUACCCAUUUCCUUUUUUAUCAAAACUGAGUUGUGUGGCAACAGGGCUUUGAGGAAAGCCCUAACUCUGAGGUCAGGGAGGGUGUGGUGGGAGGAACCCACAUUGUGGCUUACUCAACUGUGAGAUCUUAACUCGGGUGGCCCACAGCUACUGUGGUCCUAUGCAGCAGUAGUGACAGCCAUGGCAUCACAGCCUGGAGCGUGGAAUGCUGCAGCUAACUCGGGUCGGGAAAAUGCGACAGCGACUGCCCACUCGAGGUCGUCAUGGCGACAGCCAGUGAACGUGUUCCUCUCCUCGGGCAGGCCCCCGAGUGUAGAGGAACUGCUUCGCGAGGCGCAGCUCAAUCUCCAGAGCCUGUUGCAAGAAGAAUAUGAGGAACAGUAUUCGGAGGCCAGACUUCUGGGGCAGACCUUCCGCUCUUCCGAUGAGGCCCCUGAGCCUACUCCCAGCCCAAGGCCCCAGUCUGCCAAGCGUCUGGAGUUUGUAUUGAUGCCUGCAAAAUGGCAGCUGAGCGAAGAUGAGACCACGACCCAGGGUGUGAGGGCCCCGGAGGCCUGCCUGAGCCUGUGUACUGCCGACAAGCAAAUUGCCUGGAAUCGCCCCUUCCCUCUACCCAUCCUAAAGGAGAAGCGCUGGCUUCAGUCCUGCUCCAUACAGUCUGACCUUGUGCCAAUCAACACCUCCGGGCAGCAGUUUGAUAGACAUGCAAGUUUUCGACACUCGUUGUUUAACACAGAGACAGCCGUGAACCCCAAGUCCACCCUGAGGCGGAGGCGGACCAUUAUUGGAUUCUCUAACUUUUCUCAGCGAGACCAAGGUCACAGCAGCAGCCCCACAGGCAGCCUGGCCCACUCUGCCACGUCAGACAUCAGGCCUGGCCACCCAGCUCCACAAGUUGUUCAGGGAAGAGUUGCUGUUGGGCAAGAAGCUCGGUUCCCAAGUCUCACCUCGCCAGGACUGAGACACUCUUCUAGUGAGCCUGGAGACACUCACCAGGCACGCAGUGGCCCAGACCCUCCCAGCAUGGAGAGCAUGGCAGUGGUGUACAGUGUCCCCAGUUCUUGCAAUGGACCAACAGAGUCAACGUUCUCCGCUUCCUGGAAGGGAGAUGCUUUCACAUACAUGACCCCAAGUGCCAGCAACCAAGGCAAUCAAGUCAGUGAAAAUGGAAAAAACCCUUCCUCGGGGAAUUCUUGGGUCCCUCUGAACACACUCCCACCUCUGGUUCCUAAGGAAGCGGCCACACUCUUUGUCACCCGUGAUAAUCCAGCAGGAUGCCCUGGGCUACCCAGCUACUCUGAGCAUCCCACUCUACGAAGACAGAUACCAGAAAGACCUCCCAAGAUUGGCCUUCUUCCCCGUGGUGCCUCAAGGCUGGAAACAGGCCCAGGUGGGACCAACAGGUUCCGGGAGCGGUCACUGUCUGUACCCACAGACUCGGGUGUUACCUCAGUGGACUAUGACGAAGAACAGAAGGUCAAUGAGGCCCGCAUCCUGCCUUAUGCCAGUACAAGCUCCGAGGGCAGUAACAGUACUGACAACAUUGCGGCCCUCAGCACUGAGCAGGAGGCACGGCACAGAAGGCAAAGAUCCAAAAGUAUUUCACUCAAGAAGGCCAAAAAGAAGCCCUCUCCACCCAUGCGAAGUGUCUCACUCGUCAAAGACGAGCCAGCCGUCCCACCAGAAGGCGAACUGGUACUGCCCAAGGACCAGAGGCCCAGGAGCCUUUGCCUUUCCUUGGAACACCAAGGGCACCACCCACCUCACCCAGAUGCUCAAGGUCACCCAGCUGUGCCAACGUUCAAAGAUCCAGAAGGUACGCAGUUCUCUCACCACUGGUAUCUUACUGACUGGAAGUCUGGUGACACCUACCAAUCCUUGUCCAGCUCCAGCACUGCCACUGGCACCACAGUCAUUGAGUGUACUCAAGUUCAGGGAAGCUCAGAGUCUCUGGCCUCCCCUUCCACCUCCAGAGCGACAACACCCUCCCAGCUCUCCAUUGAGGUGGAAGCCAGGGAAGUAGCCUCCCCUGGGAGGCCCACUGGACUGAUGUCUCCUUCCAGUGGUUACUCCAGCCAGUCAGAGACACCCACACCUACUGUCUCCAUGUCCUUGACCCUGGGCCACUUACCUCCUCCAAGCACUAGCGUCCGAGUUCGUCCAGUGGUACCAGAAAGGAAGUCAUCACUGCCCCCAACAUCACCAAUGGAGAAAAUCUGCAAGUCACGGUUAUCAUUUGACCUACCAUUGACCUCUUCAACCACCCUGGAUCUGUCGGGGAUGAGUAUCUCCAUCCGAAGUAAAACCAAGGUGAGCCGCUAUCACUCUGACACCAAUUUUGGAGCCAAACUAGUACAGAAAACUAGUCCAAACCAACCGAUCAUGCCCAUGGUUACUCAGUCUGACCUCCGUUCUGUUCGCCUGAGGUCAGUCAGCAAGUCUGAGCCGGAAGAUGACAUUGAGAGCCCAGAUUAUACAGAAGAACCUGGAGCAGAAGAAGUCUUCACCUUGCCAGAGAGAAAAGUGAAACCUCCCAUAGCCGAGAAACCUCCACUGGCCCGAAGGCCUCCAAGUUUGGUCCACAGGCCGUCCUCUCUCCCUGGGGAGUACCCACUAACUUCUCCUACUAUGGCCAUGACACCCAGGAGCUCUAUUCCACACAUGAAGCAGCUCCCCCAAGACAGCUACACAGUGUUGCGGAAACCAAAGUCACCCAGCUUCCCCGUUGGGAGGAGCCCUGGGGAAUCAACAGCGGCCUCCAGCCUUGUCUUCUCACCUCUUGCCAGUUCCUCUGGUGCUUUCUUCUCAGGAACACAGCAACCUCCCCAGGCCAGUGUAGAAGACGGGGACCCCAAGGUGAGAGCCCUGCCUGAAAGAAUCAGCCUCCAGAGCCAGGAAGAAGCUGAGAAAAAGAUGACCAAGAUUCCACCUCCGGUACCAAAAAAGCCCAGUGUGCUCUACCUGCCUCUCACCUCCCCUGUAGCUCAAAUGGAUGCCUGCAUGGCAGAACCAAGGCUGCCUUUCAGCCCCAUCAUCACCCUGGAGGAAGAUGCCAAGUGUCCCUCCACUGGUGAUGACCAGAAGUCACCUGGUAAAAGAGUGACUUCGACUCUUCACAUUGACAGAGAAAAAGAGGCCACCUCUCCAGGGAGGUCUGUGGAACCGAGUGCCGAAGAGAAAAGUUUAAUCAGUGAUAAAACAGCCGAGUGGAUUGCGGAGGACGAUGAUGACGUGUUUGUAGCUUCUCGCACAACUGAAGAUUUAUUUACUGUGAUACACAGGUCCAAAAGAAAGCUACUGGGCUGGAAAGAGACUGGUGAGGGCUUCACAGGAAGCAGACCCAGCUCCCAUUCACCAGUGAAGAAUACAGCUGAGUCUCCCACUGGUGAGUCUGCUGCUGCCCCGGGGCCAAGUGGCAGUGCCUGCCUAGAUGCUGGUAGAAAUGAUGAUUUCAAGGCCUUGCUCCAGAAGAAGGGAAGUAAGGCAACUCCCAGGACCCGCCCGUCAGCGGCCGAGCUGCUGAAGUCCACUAACCCUCUGGCUCGAAGAAUCAUUGCACAGUUCUCAAAAGACUACGAACCCACUGACAACCCCAGUACCUAAGCCCUGCUUCUUACUUACUAGACCUGAGUAGAGAAGGAGGAAGACAGAGGGCUUUAGAAAGGAACCAACCACAGGAAUGACAAAAGAAUCAUUGUCUUUGACGUUAACUCACACUCUGGACAGCAGAGAGGACAACACAAUGGAGCUCACCGGGCACUCGGAAGGGCUUCAGACCGUCCGCAUUACCAUUCUUUCAUUCUUGCCAUGACUGAACAAUGGAGUCCUACUUCUUGUCUCCCGGCACUGUGCUCUAAGAGAGCCUCGGAUCAGAGAGUCUGCAUACCACCUUUCAGCGUCCUAGCUUCUUUGUCCAUUGACUCCUGUCACUGAGGGGCACAGUAGGGAGAACAGAUUAGGGACUUCCAAACCAGGCCUGGGGACAGAGGGUACAGUUCCACUGCUGAUUAUCUACUCUCUUGAAGAGGCCUUGAUGGCCCUAUGUGAAGACACAGAAAGACACCGAGGCCUCCUCAACCACAGUGUGACUUUCCCCCAGAGAGAGUUCUGCAGGUGUGCACUAAUUACGGCAUGGGGUUGAUUGGAUGGCUUUUGUGGUGCAAAAUAUGAAUGUGACUCUUCAAAACUUCAUGCCUUUUUCAGUUUGAUUGUCUAUGCGGAGAUCAGGGUGAUGAGUUUUAAUAAACUUCUAGGACCUCCCUCCCCCCAUUAGCUAGAAAAGAUGGGACUGGGUGGUGUUGACUGAACCAAGCUCAGCAAAUGAAUGGGACAUUUUGUUCACUCACGUCUAGCCAAGGUAACUCGCAUGCGUGCCUUGAGGUCUUUCAAGUGUCUGUCGACAUGGGUAGCCAGGAUCUGUGCCCAGCUCAUGCUGUAUACUCCAAGAACUCUCAUUUCACUUGCAUGUAACAUUCAUUACAGGAAGUAUUGUAGGUGAAGGCCUGGUGUCACUGAAGGGUCCAGGAGUAGAAAGUAAGUGUAUCCUGUCCCGAUACCAUUCAAUUCAGACUGUGCUUGUUUUGUGCUUGCUUGGGUUUUGUUUAAAGAAAGUCUGACUCUUUCAAAAAAAGUCGAGAACCUGUACACUGAAAAAAGAUCUACUCAAAAUCAAAAAGGUAGCCUUGCUACGACCCGGAAUACAAAAGGGCUACUUUUCACCAUCUAGGUACUGCUAUUUGGCCAACUUUCAGUUAGCUGUGGUGGAGGACAACAGAGGAGCUAAGAUCAGUAGAACGCAGACAGACUUCCAGAACAAUCACCAUUACCCCUUCUUUUCCCAAGUCCACAGGCACUGGCCGUUCUUGUCAACUCAAUUUUGUAAGCAGAGCAAGAGUUCCUGAUUUCCAUAUACCUGGUUUCUCAGUGGCUAGGGAUGAGAUAGGCAAAACACUGAGCAGAGAGAGACCCUGCUGGUCUGUGUUAGAAAGUUCACUGUCUUCUGGUCCCAAGGGACCAAAAGGAAAUGAACUUGUAGCAUGCUUUGCAAAAACAAACGAACGACAAACAAACAAACAAACGAACAAACAAAAACCAAAAAAACAGUUCCCCUUCCUUCUGUACCUCUGCCCCCUGCACCCCUGCCCUACCAGAUUCCUUGCUCAGUCUCCUGGAGGAUGCAGCUAGAGACCAGAGACAAGCAGAUCUCCAUUUUUGAUAAUCCCUCUCAAUGAGAAUCAAGCUCUUAGCUCCACUGCCCACACUCCAGCAAGGCAACGUGGCUGAAACUGAAAUAAAACUCCACCGAGUACUGAGAAGACUCAGACCCCUGGCAUCCUUCGUUGGGUUGGUCUAAUUCUGAAUUCUAGACAAAUGAAAAUAGGUCAAGCUCACCAACUGUCUUCUAGUAUUUCUCUCUCUCGGAAUUAAAAAAAAAGAAAACUCUCUUAAAUAAUACGACAGUUCUGAGGAACUCUAUUUGUUUUGGAAGUGUUUGAAACAUUUGACAUGAAGAUCUUAACCAAGUUUCGUAAGUUUUGACUGAAUUCAAACAAGAGUCAGGCAGGAAUGUGCUAUACAGUUUUAAUCCCAGCACCCGGAAGAUGAAGCCAGGCAGAUCUCUGUGAGGUUGAGGUCAGCCUGAUCUACACAACUAGUUCCAGACUGCGCUGGGGCUACAUAGUGAGAUCUGGACUUCAGUCUUUUCCUUAGUUUCUAUAGAAGUAUCGCAGCUGACCUGAACUCAGAACUCCAAAAGACAGAGGCACUUACCUCUGUAGGGAGAUGAAGGAGCAGAUGUCAAGGCUUUUGUCUAACAGAAGCAAAAGGCUGCCUGCCUCUGCUCCUCAGAACCAUUGUGAAUUGUUGAACGUAUGAGCGUAUGGGGCUCUGUAUAGGGCUUGCUACUUUUGCUGAUUUUUUUUUUUUUUGGAAGCGUCUUGGUUGUUCCUUCUCAUGGGUUUUGCCUCUCCCCUCACCUUGCUACCUCUGAAGGUGUCCCCCCAAAAGAUUGUAAAACUGAAUGCUUAGACCGCUUGAGGUGGUUUCAGUUGCCUAAACCCUUGCUUUCCUCUGCAAAACUCUGUGGGCCUGGGAUGUUUAGAACGCUUCUGCAUCACAGUGACCCUCAGAAGCCCAUUAGCACAAGAUGGUUUGGGGCAGAGACUUCACAGUCAGAGAAAAGACUUAGGCCUGGGAGUGUCCAUUCAGUGUUUGCAGGAAUGGACCUAGUUCUAAAGAAACCAGAUUAUGGGGGGAGGGGUAGUCUGUCAUUGAUAAGCACACCAUCAAGCAUCUUUCUAAUACUUAACCUUCUCCUACCCUUAACAUCAUAAACACCAACUCUCUUCCCUGGGUACAUGUGCUACCUGUGAGACUGGGGGAGAGUUGGGGAGAAACCCCUUUCAGGGAGGUUCUCCAGGAAGUUGCUACCAGAGUAAUCUCUAUAGGUGGCAUACACAGGGAGUUGGGGGAAAAUCAUUUGGCCCCAGGUAGUCGGCCUCUGCUUCAAGCUUUUUGUAUCCCAUUUCUUUCCAGCUCCCAUGUUUAGAGGCAGGUGGCUCUGUUAGAGUAGCCUGGAUAUAGUCAAGGAUUGGUGAGACGACCCCUACCCCCACUCCAAGAUGCAAUUAAUGCUUUGCACUUGGUGGGUAUAUAUUUGUGGUUCAAAUACGAGUGGUGGAGAGCAGGUUAGUCUUAGUACAAAGGCUGACUUCUCUUGUGGCUCCUCCCCUUUGCCUAUACUCCUGGCCUGCAUGGGCCUCCCAACUGGCUCCAACUUGUCCUUCAGUCCUAACAUCCGUGAACUGCACCAGUACCAACAGCUCAACCACGAAAGAGUCAAGGCCAUGGACAGCCAAUACAUUCCCGUUAGCUUCAUGACCACAAGGUUAAGGUUCCCCCAACAAGCAUUCUGCCUGAUGUCUUCUUUAUCUAGACAAUACAGAUCCAGUUGUCUGUGUAACUUGUUAUUCUGAGCAGAUCUACCCAUGCAGUUGUCCGCCCCCCCCCCCACCUUUGAACCAGUCAGGAAAAAAAAAAAAGACUAGUUAUCUAUCACUCAGUGCUCUGUUGCUCACUGCUCCGCCCUCUAUGUUCGCCGAGUCUGUGGCACAAUGGUGAGCUUUUCCUUUGAUAUGAUUUGCCAGGGCCAGGACUAGGGUGAGGCGAUUGGGGAGACGCCCACUCUCAAGGCCCCGCCAGUGCCUUACCCUUGCCAUGGCCCUGCGAUUUGCACUCUGUAAAGUUGUAUCAGUUACUCUUCCCGCGUGUACUUGUGAUUUGGGGGCAGGUUCUGCACCAAAUGUUUCUUUGCUGUUUCUCUGUUUGUUGCCAGAAGCCUUUGUAUGCCUAAGCAUUAGAGAAUCUUAAGUAUUAUCAAAAGCAUGUCUAAAUAGCCUGCUCUGGCUGGCAAGUUAGCACCCCGGUCAGGAGGAACACUGUGGCCGGAGCCCCUCAACAGUCAGUUGAGGCUCUGCCCCUGUGACCUUCCGUCUGUUCUCUCUGCUUCAUUCUCCCUCGUAGUCCUUGUGGCCCAGCACCGAUUCUCCUCAGUGCCUCCUACUUUGUUCUCCUCCUAAGAAGAAAACAUGCUCUCAGGAAAGGGAUGAAUUCAUUUGCUUUGAGACUGGGAGGCUUAAUGCUACCUUUUCUGAGGGUCACUUGCAUUUGAACAGGGGAACAGCCUUAAGCCAAAGGAAUGAAGUUCUUGCAGAAUGUUAGGCGUCAACUACUUGUACACGUUCUUUUUCACCAAGGAAAGAUCACAGUCCUUGACAGCUGACUCCGGAGUAUAGGAAAUAUCGUUUUCUCCUGGAAUCAUUGUAGUUAGUAGCUGAUGGUCAGUUAUCUAGCUAAUAGCCCUGUGCUGUUUUCCUACCAAGGGACUCUGAGAUAAAGCUACUUAAAAGCCUCUGAGAAGGCCUGUAUCAAUCAUUCAUAUUGUACAUUAACAUGUUUGUGGAAAUGGGAUUAAUACUAUUUGCCAUUUAGGUAAAAGACACAAAGAUUUAAGGAGUUUGUGAAAUGUGUCCUGUUUGUGCAAGGUGACCCUGUCGAAUCUGUUUCUUACUGAUGUCAGUCGUCCAAUAUCAGUGGUGGUUAUUGAAUUGGUUGGAGGUACAGUUACUAAGCACAGGCCUCCACUCCCCCUCCUGCCAUUUUGUCUCUGUUUUGUGCUAUGACUCCGCCUUGGUGUGAGAAUGAGACCUUAUUUAAACCAGAGCCCCCAGUCCCUUCAAUGCCUUUGCAUGUAUUUCAGCUAUAAGUGACCAAGAUAGUAAGGAUUUAAAAGGACAAGCGAGUAGGAAAGAGGUACAAAACAGUGCCUUUGUCGAAGGUCAGAAAAACAGUACGAUGAUUUUUAAGUGACACGAAAUAAGCCACGUCAAAUUAUUUUAAAAUACUUUGAAAUCAACUUAUGGAGGACUAUGGUGGUGAGUGCUUUUUAGACACAUGUUGGAGGCACUUUAAUAAGUUUGGCAAAAAGGAAUUUGCCUAGUGAGGAUUGUGUGAAGUAAGUAUAUACUUUUGUUCAGUAAAGGCCCAAAUCUAGGCCACUGGUUCUCAAAGUGUGAUCUUGGAACCACCAAGAGCAACAUAUGAGUGAGAAGAAGGGGGAGGAGAGGGAAAGAGAGAGGGGAGGAGAGAUAGAGAGAGAUUAUUCUUUUAAGCCCCCAAAUCACCAGAGCCACGCCUCUCCAACCAGUUACCAGUCUUUCCUACUACUGUUAGAGUUAGCAAUCUCUGGCAAAGAGGUGUGUAGCAUCUUCUUGGUCAGCCACAUGUUUGUUCGGUGUUAAGACAUUGCCAGAUUGAAUCGGGCCCAUCUGGUCUGGUCUGGGUUUUUGAAAUAAUAACAACAAAGAAGGGGGUGGUGAUAGUGGCAGUGGCUCUGUUUGAUAUUACCAGCCCUUAAGUAAUGUCUUCACCAUGGUGGCUGUUCUCCAGGAGGGCUCUAGCAGAUUUGAUUUUUUUUGAGCUUCUGCCUAAUGAAAGAAGUGUGGCAUUUGAUAGUAUUGACCUCCCCCCUACAGGGAAUCAAAUGAACACCAGAACCAGAGCAACCAGUUAACCCCUCUCAGCCUCUUCGUAAUGCUAAGCUUUAUAGAAAUUUAUUCCGUAUGUGGUCUUGAGCUUUUCUAUGUCCAAUUUUAUAAAAUGUUCUGCAUGCAAACACAACAUUGUGGUCACCAUACCAGUCACCUCAAAGCCAUUCCUCCUUCAUGUGUGUGCCGGUGAAGAAAUACCAACAUGUAUGUUCGACUGUUUUCUGAUCAACUGUAAAUUACAUUUUCAUUACUUUUUAAAUGAGAUAUAUUUACUCUGGCUAGCAGUUAAAAUUUUAUUCUUUUUAUUAUCUUUCAUUGCUACUUUUUUCUACUGACUCCAAGGCUUACUUUGGGGGGGUGGGAUUUCUUAUUUCUAGAUCGAUAUAAUUCUCUUAUUUCUAUAUUUAUCUAUAAUCACAGAGUGUGAGAGCUGAAAGGGACCAACCUCGCUCGUUUCAUAGAGUAAAUUAAGGCCUAGAAAGGUCCAGUGGCUUACUGAAGGUCACACAAUGAGUCUGAGGCAGGACCCAGCCUCAAUUCGUCUCUGGCCUCUGGGAUGAAUGUCUUGUCAUUUAAAGCACUAUAUUUAUGAAGGACCCAUGACUGGCUUCUACUUGUCUCACUCAUUAAUUUCCCAGGUAUUUCAGUGAAAACAAUCUAUAUGCUUUAAGGGAACAUGCGCAAGCGUUCUUUAGUUUAUCAAUCCAAAGAAAAUCUGGUUAUUAGUUUAGAAACGCAUCUCCCUCCAUGUUUGCUCUCUGUGCCCUACUUCAUACAGGGGAUUUUUUUCCUAAAAGCUAUGUGGAAAAUGGGUUAAUGGAUUUAUAUAGAAAAAAUUUCAUUUUUAGUAGGAAAGCUUCCCUGUGUAAGGGAAUCUUCUAGGGGCUUCUUUUGGAAAAACAAAACAAAACUUUCUUGUCAUUUGUUCUUUAAGGUCUUUAAUUACUUAUCAGUGUGAAGUUUUGUACUUGCUGUUUAUUUAAAGUAGGGCAAACCAUUGUUAGCUUUCCCAGAAUUUACUAGAACCUUACCUUCCUAAUCUUUUUGUGAAAUCUUCAGACUGUGACAUGCUUAGGAACUACUCAAUUAUGUUCUAGAAACUUCACCUCACUGGAUAUUUUACCAAUCCCUGGGCUCAAAUUCCACCUUUAUCUGCUCAGAUAAUAACAGAGCUCCCUAAUCAGUACUUAUCUCUACAUGUGGUCUCUUUUCCAGAACAUUCUUGGCCAGUAUUCCUUAGUGUGCUCUUACUUUAGCCAUCUCAGGCCUCCUUCCAUAAAUCACGCAUACCUCACUGUCCUAUGGACCCGCAGGCACUAUACCUUGUGGGUUAAUCAUGCUGAGCAAUAUUUCUAGUUCCUUCCAUGUUCUCAUUUCCCUUGGAGCUCUUCUGACUUCCAGGAACAAUGAACUUCUCUCAUCAGAGACUGAUGGGUUUUUUCCCAUUGUUUCAGGAAAUCAAUAAACUUUUUCUACAAAGGGCCUGGGAGUAAUUAUUUUAGGUUUCUGGGUCACAUAUGGUUUCUGGAACAGAUUCCUUUUGUGAGUGUGGUUGUUUGUUCAUUCACUUGUUUUACAAGCCUUGGGACAUAUGAAAACCAUUCUCAGCUCACGGCCAUGAAAGGCUGACCCCUGAUCCACACUACCUUCUCUGUGACCAGCCCGAUGUGUAAACUAGGCGAGGGUUGGUACGAUGCCUCAGCAUGUACAGGUGCCUGCCACCAUGCCUGAUGAACUGAGUAGAACCCACAGGUAGAAGGAGAGAGUCAACGCCCACAAAUUAUCCUCUGACCUCUGCACAUGUGCACAUGGGUUCACACAUACAAAUAGAUAAAUGUUAUAAUUUACCAAGGUUUUUUUUUUUAAGUGAGUCUUGUACUAAAAGCUAUCACUAACUGCCUUCCAAACACCCUGCCAUCAGACCAGUCGGCCCACAUUGGGACAGGCACAGGUGGGGAGGGGCUACAUUCUCUCUCUCUCUCUCUCUCUCUCUCUCUCUCUCUCUCUCUCUCUCUCUCCCCCUCUCUCUCUCUUUCUCCCCCCCCCCCCCGCACACACACACAUUGACAGAACACCUUAUUUCCUUAUAUGGAUCUGUCCCAUUCAUUGUGUCUCUGUUUGCCCAAGAUUGAGGUAAACUGGUAGGAAAGUUUACUUAGAACUUUUGUCCUGUUCUUGCUCUCCCUGUCUUGAGCCACCUGUCAUAUCCCACACGGUUUAUCACCAGUUAAGGGUGCUGUCAUUCAAAAGUCUUAUAGAACACACUAUAAGAUUCUACUUCAGUUUACGAUUUCCUGGAAAACUCACCAGCUUCCUGCUUCCUUAGGCUGAUUUUUAAACCCAGAAUACACACAUAUCUCUGUCCUAAUGCAAUUGAUAUCUACCACUGGACAGCAUGGAACCCCAGCAAAAAAAAAUAGGGUGCAGAAAAUAUUUGUACCAAUGGUCCCUGCCUCCUGAGUCCCCUUGCCCUAGAGUGUGUCAUCCCACUCUUCCAACCAAUAGGCACCCAACACACCGCUUCCUGUUUUCUUAACUCCUCCCUCUAUCUUGCUCCCAUCCGACCCCUCCCACUUUCAGGAAUUGGAGUUCAGGUUUGCAGUUCUCACACUUACUGUGUGCACCAGUGGCUGCAAAAGUUGGAAACCUGUGUGAGUGCAUUUUCUGCACCUGGCUGUGAAUUGGACCUGGGUGUGUAUGACAUACAGUGCUCUCAUUGGUCCUCUCAUUCAGGACCAGAUCUCAUGAAAUUGGUUAAGGAAGGGAAUGGCAGAGAGAAGGACCCUAAAGCAUCACUUUCUUGCCUUUGGAGAGCCUCUUUGCAUUGGCUUGUGCUGGCUGGCUCUUCUCCUACAGAGACAUUUAAAGGAACUCCACUGUGUCAUUCCUGGGCAGACAGCAUCCACAGUCAAGAUGUGUAUUGCAUGUGGGCUUAGUUACUGGGACAUAAAUGUGGCUUUUCAAUUUCAUCAGACUCACUUCUUAGGCCUUUUAGCUUGAUUUCUGUCAUUUGAGCCCAGGGAUCCACCUCUUUCCCGAAAUCUAAAUUUUCAAACAUCAGAAUCAAGUAACUUUCAGAGUAACUUUCAAGCACCCAUGAAAUGAUUCAUUUCUGCCUUCUGUUUAGGAUUUCCAGAAGUAGGAAGGGAAGGAAAAGAGGGUUGUGCCUUGGACCCAAGAGGAGACCAAAAGCAGAGUGAGGACUAAGAACUGGUCAGUCCUGCUGUGCAGCCCUAGUACAGUUGUAUUGGCUUAGUGCUGUACUCGGUGCUCCUGGGCUCACUAUGCCCUGAAGACAAAUGCCAGAUGGGAAUGGACAGACUGACGGCCUGCACUGAAAGGCAAAGGGUAAUGCCCACCCCAGGGGUGGGACUGUGUCCUGGAUUCCAGUUCCAGGAGAAGCAGUAAGUAGGAGAGAUCACAAACCCAGUCUUUGUAGGAUUCCAAUAUAAAGUAGAAGAGAGCCCUCUGUGGGGUGAUAUUACAAAGUGGUAUCUUGUCUUUUUUUCUUUCUCUCUUUCUUUCUUUCUUUCUUUCUUUCUUUCUUUCUUUCUUUCUUUCUUUCUUUCUUGUUUCGUUUUGUUUCGUUUUAAGAUUCCUUACUGGCUUGCUACCAGCAAUUGAACUGUAUUAUUCUUUAUAGAGCUAGAGCUGUUUGUUGUCUUCUUAAAAUAAACCUUUUUCUGUUAAAACCA